AUGAGCUGGCAAUCCGGCAGCAUCCGAAGUGGAGGUGGGAGCAAGGGCUUCAGCACAGUGUCCGCUGUGGUUCCAAGUAGCCACAGAGCCAGCUUCAGUUCGUUCACCAUGUCAAGAGGCGGUGGAGGUUUCGGAAGGCUCGGUGGUGGAGGCAGUUUUGGCAGCAGGAGCCUAUAUAACCUAGGGGGCACUAAGAAAAUUUCCAUCAGUGGUGGGAGCAACCUCCGGAGUGGAUUUGGGGGUGGAGCUGGUGGUGGCUUCGGUCUUGGCGGCGGAGGUCAUGGUGGAGGAUCUAGUUUUGGCGGGGGAGCUGGUGGUAGUGGGCUCAGUAUUGGUGGUGGAGCCACUGGGAGUGGAUUUGGCUUCGGUGGCAGUGGGCUUGGUUUUGGUGGUGGGGGAGGCUUUGGUGGUGGUAGAAGUCCAGCAGGAUUUGGUGGUGGCAAUUCACCUGGUAUGGGUACCAUCCAAGAAGUGACCGUCAACCAAAGUCUUCUGGCGCCACUGAACCUGGAGAUUGACCCAAACAUCCAACAGGUGCGAAAAGAGGAGAAGGAGCAGAUUAAGAGUCUCAACAACAAAUUUGCUUCUUUCAUUGACAAGGUCCGCUUCCUGGAGCAGCAGAACAAGGUGCUUGAGACCAAGUGGACCCUGUUGCAGGAGCAGGGUCAGAAAUCCAACUCUGACAAGAAUAACCUCGACCCCCUCUUUGAGUCUUAUAUCAACAACCUGAGGAAGCAGCUGAACAACCUGUUAAAUGAAAGAAGGAGGAUGGAGGGAGAACUGAAGAACACACAGGACCUUGUAGAGGAUUUUAAGAACAAGUACGAAGAUGAAAUCAACAGGCGCACAGCUGCGGAGAAUGAGUUUGUGAUGCUCAAGAAGGACGUGGAUGCUGCCUAUAUGAAUAAGAUAGACCUAGAGGCCAAGGUGGAUGCGUUGAUGGAUGAGAUCAACUUCCUCAGAACCCUCUAUGAUGCGGAACUGGCCCAGCUGAAUGCCCAUGUGUCCGACACCUCCGUCAUCCUGUCAAUGGACAACAACCGAGACCUGGACCUUAGCAGCAUCGUGAACGAAGUCAAAGCUCAGUACGAGGACAUUGCUAACAGGAGCCGAGCUGAGGCUGAAUCAUGGUAUCAGAACAAGUUUGAGGAGCUGCGAGCCACUGCUGGGAAACAUGGUGAUGACCUGCGGAACACAAAGGGAGAAAUCUCAGAGCUCAACCGGCUGAUCCAGAGGUUACGGGCCGAGAUUGAGAAUGCAAGGAACCAGUGCGCCAGUCUGCAGACAGCGAUCGCGGACUCCGAGGAGCGUGGCGAGCUGGCUCUCAAAGAUGCCAGGAUGAAGGUGGCUGAUCUGGAGGAUGCUCUCCAGAAGGCCAAGCAGGAUAUGGCCCGCCAGCUGCGGGAGUACCAGGAGCUGAUGAAUGUCAAGCUGGCGCUGGAUAUCGAGAUCGCCACCUACAGGAAGCUGCUGGAGGGAGAGGAGAGCAGGCUGUAUGGAGAGGGCGUCAUUCCCAUCAGCUACUCGGUGGUCAGCUCUAGUGCUGGAAUUGGUGGCGGAGCUGGUUUAGGAGGAGGAUUUGGCGGCUUUAGCUCAGCAGGAGGCGGAGGAGGAUUCGGCUAUGGAGGUGGAAGCGGUCUCAGUCUCGGAGGCGGAGGGUUCGGCUCUGGAAGCGGAGGCAGCUUCGGAGGAGGCUUUGGCUACGGAGGUGGCAGCGGGCUGAGUGCCGGAGGAGGAAAUUUCAGCGCCGGAAGCGGGAAAGGCACUGGGGUGGGAACCAGCGCGGGCGUGAAAAUUGUCUCCAAAACCUCUUCCAGCAAAAAGACCAUUAAAAGACCAUGCCCCACUAGCCUGAUUUAUGCAGUCAUCCUCGCUUGUGAUAGUGCAGAUGACAAAAGGGCAGUAUCUUACUUUGCUAGAAAACCCAUUGAGGUCAAUGGAACUAACUGCAUACCGAAGUUUUCAUUUGAACGAGCCGCCAUGAGUCGAAUCUCCAUGAGAAAAUCAACAAGUGGGGGUGGAAGCAAGACCUUCAGCUCAGGUUCUGCUGGCUUAGGCGGAGGUUUUGGUGGUGGUGGCAGAAGCAGCUUCAGCUCGGUCUCUGUCUCUCGAGUUGGAGGAGGAAGAGCUGGUGGCUUUGGAGCUGGUGGCGGUGGCGGUGGCGGUUUUGGCAGCAGAAGCUUAUAUAGCCUAGGUGGAAAUAAAAGAAUUUCCUACAGUACCAUCGGCGGAGGUCUCCGGAGUGGAUUUGGUGGUGGUGGAGGAUACGGUUUCGGUGGAGGAGCAGGCUUUGGUUACGGUGGUGGAGCAGGCAGUGGUUUUGGUCUCGGUGGAGGUGGCGGGUAUGGGUUAGGUGGUGCUGGCGGUGGCUAUGUGUUGGGUGGCCCUGGGUUCAGUGUAAGGGGUGGCCCUGGGUUUCCCGUUUGUCCACCUGGUGGCAUCCACGAAGUGACCGUCAACCAAAGCCUCUUGGCGCCUCUCCACCUGGAUAUCGACCCGGAGGUCCAGAAAGUGAAAUUGCAGGAGAGAGAACAGAUCAAGACCCUCAACAACAAAUUUGCCUCCUUCAUCGACAAGGUCCGAUUCUUGGAGCAACAGAAUAAAGUAUUGGAGACCAAAUGGACUCUACUGCAGGAACAGGGUCAGACGACUGUCAAACGGAAUCUGGAUCCUCUUUUUGAGGCCUACAUUAACAACCUCAGGAGGCAGCUAGACAACCUCUUGGGGGAGAAAGGAAGGCUGGAUUCAGAACUGAGGAACAUGCAAGACAUGGUGGAGGAUUUUAAGAAUAAAUAUGAAGAUGAAAUUAACCGGCGCACAGCUGCAGAGAAUGACUUUGUGGUGCUCAAGAAGGAUGUGGACGGCUCCUACAUGAACAAGGUCGAGUUGCAGGCCAAAGCAGAUGCGCUGAUGGAUGAAAUUAAUUUCCUGAGAGCUCUGUAUGAAGCGGAACUGAGCCAGAUGCAGCAGCAGGUCUCCGACACCUCCGUCGUCCUGUCUAUGGACAACAACCGAAGCCUGGACCUGGACAGUAUCAUCCGGGAGGUCAAAGCGCAGUACGAGGAGAUUGCCAACAGGAGCAGAGCUGAGGCGGAGUCUUGGUACCAGACCAAGUUUGAGGAGCUGCAGAUCUCCGUCGGGCGGCACGGUGAUGACCUGCGCAACACAAAGGUCGAAAUUUCCGAGAUCAACCGGAUGAUCCACAGGCUGCGGAAUGAAAUCGACAGCGUGAAGAAGCAGUGCGCCACCCUGCAAGCGGCCAUUGCUGAGGCCGAGGAGCGCGGCGAAAUGGCCCUCAAGGAUGCCCGAGCGAAACUGGCUGAGCUGGAGGAUGCCCUGCAGAAGGCCAAGGCAGACUUGGCCCGCCAGCUGCGGGAGUACCAGGAGCUGAUGAACGUCAAGCUCGCCCUGGAUAUCGAGAUCGCCACCUACAGGAAGCUGCUGGAAGGAGAGGAGAGCAGGCUGGCAGGAGAGGGAGUUGGACCCGUGAGCAUCUCGGUGGUCAGUUCCUCUACUGGAUACAGUGGCGGAGGCAGCCUGGGAGGAGGAUAUGGAGGUGGGAUUUCCCUGGGAGGUGGCGGAGGAGGUGGCGGCGGCUACAGUCUCGGCAUUGGAGGCGGGAGUGGAUUCGGCCUUGGCGCCGGCAGCAGUACCGGAUAUAGCUACGGAAGCGGGCUAAGCGUUGGAGGUGGCGGCGGUUUCAGCUCUGGAAGUGGAAGAGCCCUGAGUGGAAGUCUGAGCUCUGGAGGGAGGAGCAGCUCCAGCAUGAAAAUCGUAUCCAAGACCACGACCAGCAAAAAAUCCAUCAGAUAAAGACAAGGCCCCCAGCGAUCCCCGCAUGAAUGAAAGCACGUUUCCUACCUACUGAAAGCAAGUGCAGCCCGUAGAAAUCCAUUGUGUAAAUAGCUGAGCUAACCCCCACACUCAAGUCCUUUCACCUUUUCCCCGUGGAUUUGGUACAGCCAGGAUCUUACCAUGGAAAUCAGGAAUGUUGUAGGCCAAAGCAUUGCUUGCAAUCUGUUUCACAUGUGGGGUUCUGACCAGCACAGAGGCCAGACCAUAUUCCUGAUUCGGCACGUGCUUUAACGUUCAUUCCCAUUGGAAUUGUGAACUUAAAGAUAAGCUGAAGCACUUUGCUGAAUCGGGACCCAUUUGAUCACCACGGCCAGUUAAAUCCAUCACUUACAGCUGCUGGAAAAGGGGAUUUCCAUUUACAUGCUGUGUGAACGUGCCUAGAUAUAUGUUACCUGGAAUCUCUUUCCUGUUUGGGCAUGUUCAUUUAAUUCACAGUAAAAAAGAAAAACAUAGCGUCAGCCUCACGAAAUUACAAAUCCAUCUGUUCUAGCCAAAGAAAAUAGUUACACGACACUAUAAUCAGGUAAAAUCUGUGCCCCAACAUGUGUUCUAAGCUGCGGGUGUCGUCCUGGCAACUAAAAAAAUAUCUUCGGCGCAGUCUUUUUUGUGAGUGAUCCGGUGGAAAAGGUGUUUGCUUUUUUUGAUGUAUAAACUCCAGCACUGAUUUCUAAUUCUUUGUCCUCAUGGCUACAGCCCCUUGAC